AUGGCCAGAACCAAGCAGACAGCCCGUAAAUCCACUGGUGGCAAGGCCCCUCGUAAGCAGCUCGCUUCCAAGGCCGCUCGUAAGGCUGCCCCCUCUACCGGAGGUGUCAAGAAGCCUCACCGCUAUAAGCCUGGUACCGUCGCUCUCCGUGAGAUCCGCCGCUACCAGAAGUCCACCGAGCUCCUGAUCCGCAAGCUUCCCUUCCAGCGUCUCGUUCGUGAGAUUGCCCAGGACUUCAAGUCCGAUCUCCGCUUCCAGUCUUCUGCUAUCGGCGCUCUCCAGGAGUCCGUUGAGGCCUACCUUGUCUCUCUCUUCGAAGACACCAACCUCUGCGCUAUCCAUGCUAAGCGUGUCACCAUCCAGUCCAAGGACAUCCAGCUUGCCCGCCGUCUCCGCGGUGAGCGCUCUUAG